CUCGUUUUAUGCAGGCUGUUUAUUUAUCAUCGCUGCCACAGGCCCCCUCUCCAGAUUAGCAGCUGUUUGAUUCCAAACGACUCUGGCGUGCAUAGCCUUCUGUUUCCCCCUUUCCAGGCCCAGAUGCAUCCCGCUCUGGCCUUCAACCCCUCGCCUCCAGCCCACCAGACGACACGAUGAAUCGCCUGCCCCCCGAGAUUGUUGACGCCAUCCUGCUGCAAUGCGUUGAAGCUGGCCCGAAGAAUUCCGUCCUCGACCUUCGUCUCGUGUGUCGAACCUUUGACCGGAUCCUCAAGCCCUACGGAUGCCGCACCCUUGAGCUUGAGUUCUCGCGCCUUAGCAAGACCAGGCGCACCACCAGCCGUGGCCGACCUCGGACCGAUGCCUUGCAGACGGUUGGAUAUCACUGCAAGAGCCUCUACAUCGACUUGAUGGUUCUUCGCGAUGAAAUGGAAGUCGACUUUCUAAGCGCAGUCUUUGCCCGUGUUCCCUUGAUGCUGGACUUUUGCCAAUCCCUUCAAAACCUCUACUGCAUGGGCGAGAUGUCAUUUACCGAGCACGAAUACUACGAGACAGUGGAGGCUCUACUCUUCAACUGUCGUAGUGUUGAGCGGCUGCGGCUGAGCCUGCCCUUUCAACUCGUCGGCCGAUACUGCAACGCCGCCACCAUCAUCCUCGCCAACACCUUCAAGGCGCUGGCAUCGCGUCCGGAAGAAGACUCGGCCUCUAUGAAGGUUUUGGUAUUGGAAAAUGUCACCGACAUUGCCAUAUGUCACCUCUGGAUGAAUCCCCUCGAUGUGAUGAAUAUCAUGCGCACUGUGGUCGUCCUGGAGCACCUGGUGAUUGCCCUCCGUCGGCACGAAACGGACCCGCCGCGUGUGAGCAUGUUUGGGUCGUGCUUUUGGAAUAUUAUCGAGCACGCACAGCAACUGGCAACCUUGUGCAUAGUAGGCAUGGAGCAUGACGAUAGACCGCCCCGAGGAUUGAAGCAGACGAGGUCCUACCAGAUGCCCAUAGAUGAGUGGAGAGCACGCGUGUUGCCGCCUCCUCGCAUCAUGCUUGAUAACCUGACAUGUCUGGAGCUGAAGCGAGUGGAAAUCUCCCCAAAUGUGUUCCAACGGCUUGCCGAGACAUGCGGAGCCCUCAUGGAGGAGCUAUAUCUCAACGAAGUGUACCUGAAGACGGAGCAAUCGCGCGACUGGAACGAGAAUUCUAAAAAAGUUCUGUGGGUUGGCAUGGCUAACCAGCGGCCUCAAGAGGAUGACAGCUGGAUGGCCAUGAUGGUGCGCUGCACUAUGCCCAACUUGCGUAUCUGCCGAGCGUCGUUCCUCGCCUACGACCUCUAUAUUAGGGAUGACGUUAAUACCACACCAGAAUUCGACCUCUUCGACCCCUGUGGCCUUGCCCGCAGCCUUUCCCAGCGCUUUGUUGAAGUCGUUAUGGGCAUCCGCCAGCCUCCCACGCCAGAUGGCGAGCUCGUUGAGUACCUGCCUCAAGACUCUCGGGAAGAUUAUCUCCUUCACCGGCUCACAGAUCGACCGCGCGUUGUGCGAGUGACGGACUAUGAUACCAACGCGUAUCAGAUUGCCGUUGAAAACACCACGUCAGGGUGGCAGAAGAGCAUCGACGGCGUUUUUACCAACUGCAAUCCUAACACCCUUGAGGAGCUGAAUUUUAUUGCUGAGAAGGCGCGUCAAGGCAUGGGUGAGAUUCAUGGGGGUCACAACCACAGAACUGCCGGGAACGGCCGGGCGAAUGAAACUACGCAUAAUCAUUCGGCCACCCAGGCAGAUCACCCAACUGAGGACCGGCCCUCUAAUGAUCAGAGUUCUCUACAAUAGGCUACAUCUGCUUCUGCAUAUUAUCGGCGUUAGGGGGGGAAAUGGGAUGGAUAACAUGGAUCUUUUCAAGCUUUCUACAAUUACGAAGAGGGAUAUGCAUUUGUUUGAUACAUUGGAUUCGUUUGCAGUGUUGACUGCUCGGUAAUACUAUACUCAUCGUUCGUUCUGACACCAUUGCCAUAUCAAGUCUGCAUACAUACAACGAAAUUACAGACGCUGUAAACUAGACAUGGGCCCAACCCUCAGCUAGACAGCAAAUUAUAGG